AUGACGCAGACUUCAAAGAACAAUUCAGUGUUUGUAUCAAGGAGCUCAGCCUGGGAAAUUGGAAAAGAGGUCGGGCUGGUCAGGGUACCUAAAGCCGACCUCGAUGUUUCUGUGUGGCGCUCGAAGGACAGAAUCAGCUUCUUCAAAAUUCCAAUGAUACUGCUAAUGUACGAAGUUGGCAUCAAUGCCAUUGUCAAAAGAAAUCAGGCGGCGGAUGCUACGGAGGAAGUCUCUUGCUUCCUUGUCGAUUCCGUGCAGGCACCAGACUGGCAUCCGUUCAGCUUAAGCUCCGUUAAUUACUUGUGCAUGCGAUAG